AUGCGUGAUGCUAGAGUUGAUGAGGAGCAGAAGGAGGAGGGUUCUGGUGAGGAGGAGGAGGAAGAGGAAGAGGAGGAGGACAAGGAGUAUGAUGAGCGCGGGCAGCAGGUCUUGGAGUGGGAACUCAAAAUAGAGCAUGUCUUUGCUUGCAACAACUAUGAGGAGGACCAAAAGGUGAAACUUGCAGCUGCUCACUUUUCAGACUAUGCUCUUGUUUGGUGGAAUAAGUUUGCAAAAGAGAGAUUGAGAAAUGAGGAGCCAGCGGUGGAAACAUGGGCUGAAAUGAAACGAAUCAUGAGGAAAAGAUAUGUCCCUUCAAGCCAUGCUAGGGAUGUAAAAUUUAAACUUCAAAAACUUACCCAAGGCAGCAAGAGUGUUGAGGAGUAUUACAAAGAACUUGAGGUGCUUAUGUUGCAAGCCAAUCUUGAGGAGGAUGAAGAGGUAACCAUGAUUCGAUUUAUUAAUGGUCUAUCUAAUGAUGUUAGAGAUAUUGUAGAACUUCAGGAAUAUGUAGACAUGGAAGAAUUGCUGCACAAGGCCACUAAAGUUGAGCAACAACUCAAAAGGAAAGGGCUUGCAAGGAAGAGUUCUACCAAUUCCAAUUCAUCUUGGAGAGACAGAAUGAAGAAUGAAGGGCCGAACACCCUUAGCAAACCAGCCACCAAACCACAAGCUUCAGCUUCUUCAAAACCUCUUGAACAACCAUCCAAAAAGAGCAAAGAGGUCAAGUGCUUCAAAUGCCAAGGUAUGGGACAUUAUGCUUAUGAAUGUGCCUCCAAAAAGACCAUGAUUCUUAAGGAUGAUGGAGACUACACCAGUGAGUCCGAAGGAGAACAAAGUGAAGAAGAAGAGGAGGCAGCCAUGAAUGGUGAACUGUUGAUGAUCCGAAGAAUGCUUGGUAGCCAACAAAAGCCAAAGAAAGAAAGCCAAAGAGAGAAUAUCUUUCACACAAGAUGUUCUGUCAAUGGGCAGAUUUGCUUGAUGAUUGUUGAUGGCGGAAGCUGUACUAAUGUGGCUAGUGAAAGAAUGGUGGAGAAGCUGAACCUGGUCACAAAACCACAUCCUUGGCCAUACAAACUUCAAUGGCUCAGCCACUAUGGAGAAAUACAAGUAAGUAAGCAAGUUGAAGUUGACUUUUCCAUUGGCAAAUACAGGGAUAAGGUUCUUUGUGAUGUUGUUCCCAUGGAGGCUAGUCACAUACUGCUGGGAAGACCAUGGCAAUAUGACACCAAGGAUUAUGAGGAUGUGUUUCCAACAAGUGUUCCAAGUGGUCUACCACCACUGAGAGGAAUUGAGCAUCAAAUUGAUCUCAUUCCGGGAGCUUCUUUGCCUAAUAGGCCAGCAUAUAGAAGCAACCCACAAGAAACCACUGAAAUUCAAAGACAAGUGGAAGAACUCUUGAACAAAGGGUGGGUAAGAAAUAGCAUGAGUCCUUGUGCUGUACCGGUGAUUUUGGUACCAAAGAAAGAUGGGACUUGGAGAUUUGUUGUGAGUUCGAAAGGAGUGCAGGUUGAUGAGGAAAAGAUCAAAGCCAUUCAAGAGUGGCCCACUCCUAAAUCCGUGGGUGAUGUAAGAAGUUUUCAUGGCUUGGCCAGUUUCUACAGGAGGUUUGUAAAGGACUUUAGUACCUUGGCAGCACCCCUAAAUGAAGUGGUGAAAAAGAAUGUGGGUUUUCAUUGGGGAAAGAAUCAAGAAGAGGCCUUUGCUGCCCUAAAGCAUAAGCUUACCCAUGCACCUAUACUUGCUUUACCUAACUUUGCUAAAUCUUUUGAACUUGAAUGUGAUGCUUCAAAUGUAGGUAUUGGAGCUGUGUUGCUUCAAGAAGGCCACCCAAUUGCUUAUUUUAGUGAAAAGUUAAGCGGAGCUGCCCUUAACUAUUCUACUUAUGAUAAGGAAUUGUAUGCUUUGGUGAGAGCUUUGAAGACCUGGCAGCAUUAUCUUUUGCCCAAGGAAUUCGUGAUUCAUAGUGAUCAUGAGUCGCUGAAAUACUUGAAGGGGCAAGGUAAGUUGAACAAAAGGCAUGCCAAAUGGGUUGAAUUUUUGGAACAAUUUCCCUAUGUCAUAAAACACAAAAAGGGGAAAAGUAACAUUGUGGCUGAUGCUUUAUCCAGGAGACACGUGCACAAUGGAUUUUUAUUUAAGGAAAACAGGUUGUGUGUGCCUAAAAGUUCCAUUAGAGAACUGCUUGUUAAAGAAUCCCAUGCUGGGGGAUUAAUGGGUCAUUUUGGAGUCCAAAAGACUCUAGAAACUUUACAGGAACAUUUCUAUUGGCCCAACAUGAAACAUGAUGUGAUCAAGUUUUGUGAACAUUGCAUUGUUUGCAAGAAGGCUAAGUCUAAGGUGAUGCCACAUGGUUUGUAUACUUCUUUGCCAAUCCCUGAAUACCCUUGGGUUGACUUGUCUAUGGACUUUGUUUUAGGCCUCCCUAGAACAAAGAAUGGUAAGGAUUCCAUUUUUGUGGUUGUUGAUAGGUUUUCAAAAAUGGCUCACUUUAUUCCUUGCAGGAAAGCUGAUGAUGCUUGUCACGUUGCUGAUUUGUUCUUUAAAGAAGUUGUAAGACUUCAUGGGAUGCCUAGAAGCAUAGUUAGUGAUAGGGACACCAAGUUCCUAAGUCACUUCUGGAGGACUUUAUGGGGGAAGUUAGGCACCAAACUUUUGUUCUCUACCACUUGCCACCCACAAACUGAUGGGCAAACUGAGGUGGUUAAUAGGACCCUAGGCACCUUGCUUAGGACUGUCCUUAAGGCCAAUUUAAAGGCUUGGGAGGCGUGUUUGCCUCAUGUUGAAUUUGCUUACAAUAGGGCUGUCCAUAGCACUACCAAUUGCUCUCCAUUUGAAGUAGUGUAUGGAUUUAACCCUUUGACUCCUCUUGAUUUGUUGCCUAUGCCUAACAUUUCGGUGCACAUGAGGAAGGAAAGGUUUCCAGAACAAAGGAAAUCCAAACUCCAACCUAGAGGGGAUGGACCUUUUCAAGUGCUUGAGAGAAUCAAUAACAAUGCCUACAAAAUAGAGCUUCCAGAUGGCGGAGAAUUUGAUUUGAGGUCAAAUCCUUUUCAAGAGGGAGGGAAUGAUGAGGACAAGGACAAGGACAAGGGUCAUGGAGCCCUAAAAGGACUUGGAGGACCAAUGACAAGGGCUAGAGCUAAAAAGGCCAAAGAGACUCUUCAGCAAGUAGUGGCAACCAUUCUUGAAGACAAAGUGGUAGAAGAGAUGGAACCAAAAAUCAUG